UCCUCCACAGUACUUGCUUGGCCUACCUCAUCGGCCGCCUCGACACAUAAACUUUUUCUCGACCGGUCAUCGCAGACUCUUCCAUUGCUGACCAUUCCCAAACAUCUUCCGCUCUCGACCAACUCCCAGCAGUCCGACUCGUUCCAUUCGUCCAAGUUGUGGUUUACGUAUAGCUACUGCUAUCUUAUCCACCAUGGACCACUCAUCUCAGCAACGGCCGCCUAUUCAUGGCAACCCGUCGCAUAACCAAGCCCUGCCUUCGAUUGCCUCAUUGACGAGCAACCUCACACCCUCCGAACAAAGUCCAGUCCGUCUAAGGCAUCAGUCAGAAGCUAGAGAAGCACGAGAUUCCGGUAAUUGGUCCAUUUCCCAAAGCAAGCAUUCUUCGGGCGUAUCAAAUACAAUGGGUCUCCAGCUACAGACAAUUCUUAAUGCCGAAGACCCCCCUUCGCGCAACUCGGUCCCAGACACCCCUUCCUCGGCCAGAUAUCCCCCUCCACAGAACAAUGCUUUACCGUCCUUGAACCAGGGGUUCGAUAACCGUCUCAGUAUAGAAUCUAGCUCGCAUUUUGAUUCCCGCCGCAGCAGUGUGGAUAGCAGAAUGAAUGCAGGCAUGAACCAUCUUGCAAUCAGCCCUUCGUCGCCAUAUGAUAGCCAGAAUGCGUCUCGAGCUUCUCUCGUCUCGAAUCUCCAGCAACAGCGUGGUAUAACGGUGACAGAACAACGUCCAAAUGGUAUCUCACCGCUAUCGCCUCUGGGCCCACGAUCAGGCUCAAGGGCGAAUCACCCGCCUCGACGGGCUCCUGUGAUUAACCCAAACCCCCGUAGUGUGUCGGGCAUGCCAGAUCCCAUGGCCGCUGCUCCCACCAAGGGCUAUGCAUGGGCGUUCCCUGCUGAGUUGGAUCCAGAUGAACGAAGGGGUUCGAGCAGCGGCGAGUCAAGUGUUGAGCGGUCCAUCCCAUCGCGACAGAACAGUUUUGCCGCUUCUAUCAAUAGCAGCAUUUUCACGACUGACUCUGGUCUUCCAACCGGUCAAAAGAGGCUCGGCGAUGAAGACAUUGGAACGACUCACCACCAUUCCAUGCAGCAUCGCAAUGUAACGAGCUUGCAAGGCGGAGAUAUUCCUGGUACUCCUACGGGAGGGAAUUACAGUCGGACACCUGAAUUGAGAGUCAGCCACAAAAUGGCAGAAAGAAAGAGGAGAAGCGAAAUGAAGCAGCUUUUCGAUGAGCUCAAUGGGAUAUUGCCCAACUCUCCAGGAAAUAAGUCGAGCAAAUGGGAGAUUUUGACCAAAUCCAUUGAAUACAUCAAAAACCUAAGCAGGGCUCACGAGGCUGCACGCACAGAGAACGCCCGACUGAGGCCAGAUGCAGAGUACUGUCGAAGAGCACAAGAAGAGAACGAACUUUUACGGAACGAAUUGGCUGCAGUGUGGCAACACCUUCGUCGACUUGAGCCUGGCAACCCUCAUGUUUAUGGUAGCAUGACUGGCAUGCUCGCCCAGCAACAUGCUCAGACCCCCGGAGCCGCAAAUGCCAUUCUUCCGCCAUUACAGCAGCAACAGCAACAGGCACCACCGCCACCUCAGCAGCAGCAGCAACAACAACAGUCGCAGCAACCUUGGGGACCUGCUGCUCCUAAUGCUAUGCAAGGUGUCGAGUUCGGUGGUAUCCGACCAUAUGAACACUCACAUCGAUGAGAUGCCUUCACCCCUGUAUCUUCGGCUCAGGGAUCCUAACCAUCUGCAUUUGUCGCUCUGUAUACUAGCAUGCAACUUCAUCCUCAUUUCCUGGACCAGGGUCCCGUUUCUUGUUUUGAAAUGUAUACCAAUGUCGCAAAAUUCCCGUCAUGGUCAGGGAUCCUCCGCCUACUCGUACUUUCUUCAAUCACCGGACCGAUUGUUUCGUUACGACUAAUUACUUUCAUAGCUCGCCUCUGCAGGCUUUCCUAGGACUCGGAGGUCAAUAGGAGGCAAAUCCUAUCGCAUCAUAGGCAGAGCUGAUCCUAUCGAGUUGCACAGCCUGGGCUAGCCAAGGCGAGGCCGCCUCCCCGAACAUGUUUCCUGCAGACUUGCUCAAGCGGUUGUUCA